UGUCUCUCUUUCUAACUUUCAGCUGAGUAUAUCAUAUUUAUCAUAUCUGUGGGCCUAUAAGAUAUAUGACAAGUAAAUACAACAAGUGUUGAAUGAGAACAUUGUUUCAUUGUUUAUAUAACGAGGUGUGGCGGCAGCGGUUUCCGAGAAACGGGCCAUUUCCUUGCUUCCAUUGCGGUGCUGCUUCUGGGUGUGCUUUAUCAGCAUAACUACAAAACGAAUCGUACUUUCAAAAGAUAGUCGUGAAUAGAGUUAUGCUUAAGUGACACGCUUGGAGAUGCGUGAAUGAGUUUUUAUCAAGAAUCUCAUUAUAAACCGUUUAUAAAACGAUUUAUAAUGUACAGUACAUUAUAAAAACGUUUCACGUUUCAGGAUUAGGUAUAACAUCUUAGAUGUAGCUUCCUUUUUCAGAAAGUUUCCAUACAUUUCCUAUAUAUGGAAAUCUUAAGGAGCAGGACGACACCCUGACACCAAAAGAUCGAAAGCGGAACUAAAACUCCUGCACUUUCAUUCUCUAUUCGAAGCUCUGUAAUCGGCAGGGAAGUUAUUGGACAGCACAGUAUUGGAGCCUGCUUGUCAGUGAAAGAAGUCACCUAACGAGCAUCAUGUCAAGUGGCAAAAUCUUAAUGGCUCAGCCGGAGUGUCUGAUUAAAAAUGACGAGCACGGGAACCUGCUUGUCCAGACGAAGGCUGUAGAGAUCCUGAAACAGAUCGAUCAGCUUGUGGUGGUUGUGGCAGUAGUGGGUCUGUACCGCACUGGGAAAUCAUACCUGAUGAACAAGCUGGCUGGAAAGACAAAGGGAUUUGCCCUGGGAUCCACCAUACAGUCAAAGACCAAGGGCAUCUGGAUGUGGUGUGUUCCUCACCCAACAAAAGUGGACCACACCCUGGUGUUGUUGGACACUGAAGGGCUGGGGGAUGUGGAGAAGGGGGAUUCAAAGAACGACAACUGGAUCUUUUCCCUGGCAGUCCUCCUGAGCAGCGCACUGGUGUACAACAGCGUCGGGACCAUCGACAACAAUGCCUUACAGCAGCUUCACUAUGUGACAGAGUUGACGGAACAUAUCAAGGUAAAAUCCCAGGCCAAGGACGAGGACGAGGACGGUGACGAAUCGACCGAGUUCAUGCGCUUCUUUCCCUCCUUUGUCUGGACAGUUCGGGAUUUCACCUUACAGCUAGAAUAUAACGGGAAGCCCAUAACCGCUGAUGAAUACCUGGACAAUGCUCUCAAGCUGAAGGCUGGCCAUGGGAAGCAAGUAAUGCAGUACAACAUGCCGCGGAACUGCCUGCGGAACUACUUCCCCAAGCGGAAGUGCUUUGUCUUCGACCGUCCCACCAGCGCUGAGAACAUGAAGCGCAUGGACGAGCUGAGUGACAAAGACCUGGAACCUUCCUUUGUGCAGCAAGCCACAAGCUUCUGCGAUUACAUCUAUGGUGAAGCCAAGACCAAAACCAUGAAAGGAGGCUACAAUAUGACCGGCAGAAUGCUGGGGAGCCUUGCAAAGAUGUACGUGGACGCCAUCUGCAGUGGCCAGAUCCCCUGCCUGGAAAAUGCAGUUGUAGCUCUGGCCCAGAUUGAGAACUCCAAUGCAAUAGCCGAGGCCAUGAAGAUCUACAAGGAGCGUAUGGACAGCUGGGUCGCCUUCCCCACCGAGACACUGGAGGAGUUGUCAAACAUACACGGCACAGUUGAGGAACAGGCUGUCAAGAUCUUCAUGGGCCUCUGCUUCAAGGACGAGGAUCAGAAAAGCCAACUUAAGCUAAUGGAACUGAUGCAGGCAGAGUAUACGGCAAUCUGCGAGAAGAAUGUUGUUGAAUCAAAGAAGGCCUGUGAGUCUAUCAUCAAACGCAUAUUCAGGCCACUGGAGGAAAAUAUUGCAUCUGGACAAUACACAUCAGUUGGAGGAUACGAGCGGUACCGCAAAGAUUUUAAUAGCUUGAUCUCAAAAUACAGAUCAGCUGAGGGGAGAGGAAUAAAGGACGAGGAAAGUCUAAAGGAAUACCUGGAGAAGAAGGAAUCUGUUGGACAAGCUAUAAUGACUGCUGACCAAUCUCUGACUGAAGCACAACGGAAGGCAGAAGAAAAUCGAGUGAGAAUGGAGGCCAUGGAGCAAGAAAGACGAGCUUCUGAGGAGCAGAGAAAUAUCUUGAAGAAGCAGAUGGAGGACCAGGAGCGAACUUUCAAUGAGAACAUGGCACAGCUGGAGAGGAAGAUGGAGGAGGACAGGAAGAAUGCUGCCAAGGAGUUCGAAAUGACCCUGAAUGGCAAACUGAAGGAACAGCAGGAGCUCAUGAAGCAAGGCUUUGAUGAGCGGGCAAAGCUCAUGGAAGCUGAAAUUUCUUCCCUGAAGAAGGAGAAGGUUCAAAAUGAGAAGUCCCCUUCACUUUUUUCUGGUAUUUUGGAUACUGCGGGACAAGCAGCCGCCAUGUUUUUGCCAGGGUUCGUCCCAAAGCUGGCCGGGGUGGGUCUCUCAGCCCUUUCACGCCUGUUUUGAAAAUAGUCUGAAACAGAAUAGCUGGGAGGUAACAAUUCGGAGACGCAGUAACCUGUCUUUGUCACCUUUGUCACCUUUUUAACAUUGUCACCUUUUUAACUGAAUUGAAGUGGCCAAAACUUUUUUUGAAUGUAUCUUUUGAUGAUAGCCCUCUUUCCUUUUGUCCACCCUCAUCUUGACAAGUCUCUUCAGUAAGUUACUUAACCUCAGUUGCAUCAUGAUUAAAAAUGUAAUGUACGUACCGAAGCAGCAGCAGUAUCAUUACCGCACCCUUUUGGGACAAACACAAUGGCCUAGAUCCAAUCAACAUUCGCCCUCAAAUUUAACAUACAGGCAAAUGUACUGUAAAUGUUCCAAAACCCAGUUUGGCACAUUCAUAUUAGUGUUCGAUAAACUCACACCCAACUCUGUGAAGAGAAAUAAAAAGUGUUGAAUUUAAAAACAUAUCUUUUUUUAAUAUCUUAAUUUUUUAAUUAUUAUAUUUUAUUUUAUUUGGACAAGUCAAAUAAAUAAGGCUUUUGUACCAACUUCAUAUGAUGAAUAUGAAUUAUGUUAUCUCAUAUGAAUUAUGAGACUCAGCUUAUAUAAUAAUUUACUUUGAGUAACUGUGUUUCAUGUUCAAUGGGGUAGUUGUCAGCAGUCUGCAUGGCUUGUACUUUCUCUCUUGGGAUUUGUCAUUAUGGAUAAGAUCAUCUGCUAAAUGGCAGCAAAGUCGAACAACAGUUUUAUAUCGCUGAUUUUCCUUGGUCUUGAAAUAACAGAAGAGGUGGUGAAAUCUUGUGUGCAAGAGAAAUGUUCACAAGUCAUCAAAUGCAAAUCUGAGUCAAGUCUCGGGCCUCCAGAAUGGUGCAGCCUAAACAACAGUAUGCCGAUAGAAAUUAAUCAUGAUUUCUAAGCUAGUUGAAGAUAUAGAAACCAGAAGUGUAGAUGACAUUUUGUUUAUGACAUCACGGGUGUGUCAACUGAAUAAACAGUUUUGUCAGGGGCACACACACUAAAGAACUGGCUAUUUCAUUAAUUUAUUCAUAUAUCAAUGAACUACCACACCUGAGCCAACAUUCUCAAGGUGGCUGGGGAAAGGCUUUGCCAAAACCUCAGGUCUGGUGUGGUAGGCCAUUCAUAUAUCAAUAAGAUAAAAUAAGUAACCAUUCUGUAAUAUGAGGGUCAAUACCAAACCAGGGACCUGUUACAUGAACACAGCUUCGUGUGGAUAAUCUCCAACUGAAUUUAGCCUAGGGCUUAAUCUGCAUCUCCUACUUAAUAUUGAUAAUUAUCACUUCAUUUGUAAAUGGAAUUACAGUGUUGAAACCCAAUGAUUUUGGUUUAUUAACAUACUCUUACAUUUUUAAAUGAAAGGUAAGUGUUACGCAUUAAUUUUAAUCAUUCAAAAAAAUGAGUUACAAAACCUUUUAUGCAAGAAAUUGGGUGCUAUCAUUGUGUGACUAGUGUAGGGGAAAAUUCACAGAAUGAAAGAUCUCCCUCCUAAAAGCAUGAUAACCAAUCACAAGUCAAAAUCAGACUCCGCCUUAGUGAGCAGGCUGGUUCCUCCAAAACUCUCGACGAUGUGUGCUAAAAGUUUAUCAAUAUAUCUGUAUUAAAGUAUGAUAUGUACCCUGUAUAGUUUCAAACUGAUUAACUGCUAAAUUGUGCUAGGAUUACACAGUGAGCCCAGCCAGCUGGCAGGGGGGGGCCGUCUUGAACUGUGUAGACCAAACUGUCAAGGACACGGGCAGAGUGAGAUAUGACUGUACAGCUGAUUUCUCCAGGACUCUCGAUGUUUUAUGCCAGGAGUGUAUCUAUUUGACCUAGAACAUUAAUUAUAGCUGAGCUUAUGAAAACGCAAGAAACCACAGUGAAAACUGUCGAAAUGAGAGCAAAGAAUGCUACUUACAUUUACUCCCUUAGAAGAGAAUAAUUAAUCAAAUGUUUAGUAUGUCUGUAGAUUAGAAAAGUAUAUUAGAAGUGAAUAUUAAUGAAAUGUUUAGUUUGUCUGUAUAUUUUCAAUGAUUACUGCUGCUUAGUUCGUCUUAUAAAAGCGAAAGAUACAGAGUGACGUGUAUGGAUGACGUGUUAGAGGGAGGGCAUCCAGAACUUUCUGAGGUCUGGUAGUUUGCCAAGAGCAGGUGCGGGGUGAAGUGAGGACACGUAGUUGGCAGAAUGCCCUGAACUUUGUACAGAGUUGGCAGAGCAUAAGGACCGUUGGCAAUUUGCCAAAAUGACGUUGUGGGAGGAGCGUUGGGAGGAGUUACGAUAAGAAAAGUGUGGGUGAUUUGCCAGAAUGAGGUUUGAGGAGGAGUUGUAGGUGGAGUAACUGUGUAUAAAAUGGGUGUACAAAUGCCAGUCGGGGUUCAGUUCUGGAGAGCUGAUCCGGCUUUAUGCACGUGUGCUAAUAAAGUCUGAUUUUCCUGAA